CGCGAAAUUCGACUGAUGAGACUGACACGACAUUGGAAUCUUAUUCAUCAUUUGUAGCAUCGAACUGUUUGUCCCAAAGGGUGUCAAAAUGGUGGUUCCUGUGUCAUGCCGGACACCUGUGCCUGUUCUCAGGGAUGGAAGGGACUCCACUGUGAAAUAGUUGGCAGUGGGUCCCCUUCAGAGGUUAACCUCCCCACAGGUCUGCCACCCACAGGAGCCCCUCCCAGUCAUUCUGCAUCCUAUGAUGCAACAUGUGUAGCCUGGGGACAGGACCACUAUCGGACAUUUGACCGCAAGGUGUAUUCCUACCAGGGUCAAUGUGAAUAUGUUUUGCUGAAGGACUGUGCAGCCAACACGUACAACAUCCACGUUAUAAAUGAUCAGGCGUGUUCGCCCGGAGCACCAUGUUCAAGACAGGUUGACAUUUAUUUCGGAAACGUGAAAGUUUCACUUAAGAGGGAAGCCACAGGGCCAGCGGUUCAUUGGGAUGGAUCAUUGAUGACAUUGCCAUCGACUAGAGACGGACAUGUUUUCGAAAAGCUUGGCGCGUACAUCAUCGUCAGAAGCACUCUAGGAUACAUGUUACGGUGGGAUGGACGGGAGUCUGUGUUCCUUGCAGUUACGUCAGAUCAGCGCGGUAAUACAUGUGGACUUUGUGGUAAAUAUGAUGGGGACCAGUCCAACGACUUCCUGACAGAUUCUGGAAAAGUUGUCUCCUCUGCUGCCAGUUUUGCUACAACAUGGAAAAGAUCUACACUUGGGUCAGGCACCUGUCCUGAUGUACCACAACAGACAUGCAGUUCCGCUGCUGCCACACAAGCUCAAUCCACCUGCUCCACAAUCAUGGGAUCCGCCUUUCAGUCGUGCCAUUCGACUGUGGACCCCCAGCCCUACCUGGAGGCAUGUAAGAGUGAUUGCUGUAAGAAUUCUAUCCAGACCUGUACCUGUAACAGCUUCGAAGCCUACAGCCGUGCCUGUAUGGAGGCCAACGUGAAACUCUCCUGGAGAACAAAUCAGCUAUGUCCUGUCCAGUGCCCAGGAAAUUUUAUUCAUAAGGAGUGCGGAAGUCAAUGCGCAAGAACAUGUGGCUCCAGCACAACCUGCUCCGACACUGCAUGUAUUGACGGAUGUUUCUGUCCGGAUGGUAUGGUUGUAUCUGGGGACACCUGUGUGACUCCUGCUCAGUGUCCUUGUAAACAUGGAGAGCACCUCCAUCAACCAGGGGAUACUAUCAAGAAAGAUUGCAACACCUGCACAUGUAAAGAUGCAGCCUGGGACUGUACCCAAAGGAAAUGUAAAGCAACGUGUUCGGCUACUGGCGACCCUCACUACAUGACGUUUGAUGGCAAGCGCUACAAUUUCAUGGGUGAAUGUUCUUACUACCUGGUGAAGGUGUCACCAAACUUCAACCUGCUGGCAGAAAACAUCCACUGCGGACACGGGACUGCUUCUUGUACCAAGUCAGUCACGAUCGAGUACCAAGGUCACACGAUCAAGAUGGGUUCCCAGCAUGCACUCACUGUAGACUCGGUCUCCGUUCCUAAUCUGCCCUACCGAGGAACUGGCAUUGUUGUAGAUACAGUCAACUCCCUGUUUAUAAAGGCUAUCCUGGACAAUGGUGUGAGUAUACUCUGGGACGGGAGAACACGUGCCUAUAUCACUGUGCCUCCCACCUUUGUCAACAAAACCCAGGGCCUGUGCGGCACUUAUGAUUUCAAGCAGUCCAACGACUUCCUGACAAGAGAGGGUGACAUUGAGACUUCGGAAACAAACUUUGGGAACCGAUGGAAGGUGAACCCCACCUGUAAAGACGUAGGGGAGGUCGUAAAUGCCUGUGAAGACAAUGCCCAGAACAAGGCCAAAGCAGACCAGUACUGUUCCUAUCUGUCUGGUGACAUCUUCAAACCAUGCCACAGUGUUGUGGACUACACAGUGGAUCUACAAGACUGUAACUUCGACAUGUGCCAAUGCCUUGACAACAUCAAAGAUUGUCUUUGUCCCAUCUUGGCAAGCUACGCUCAGCGAUGUGCCUCCUCAGGGGUCUCCAUCCCAUGGCGUCUCAACGUCUCCGAGUGUGCUCUGCCAUGUACUGGAGGUCAAGAGUACCAGGUGUGCCCUAACGAGUGUAAGCGUACCUGUAAUGUUCUCGGGAAGUAUCCAGACUGCGAGCAGUCCCAGGAAUGUGCAGAGGGGUGUGGCUGUCCAGCUGGUGAAUCUCUCAAUGACAACGGCGAGUGUGUGACCAUUGACCAGUGUCCUUGUGUGUUUGGUGACCGCCAGUUGGAGCCAGGCAAAGCUGUCAUGAUGCAGGAUAAAAUCUGUACAUGUCGCAGUGCACGCUGGGAUUGCCAGAUACCGUCCCCCAAUGUCGCUGUGGCCACCAUCUCGUCCCCUUGCCCGGACAGUGAAGAAUACACCAACUGUACUUCUGACUGCCCUGUGACUUGUCAGAACAUGGCCACGCCACCCAGCUGUCCCACUUCAUCCGAUUGUCAGCCAGGCUGUCGCUGUAAACCAGGAUAUGUGCGCGAGGGCGACAACUGUGUCCUGGCUGGCCAGUGUCCAUGUCACCAUGGCGGCAAGGCAUAUCUUGAGGGAGAGACCAUGAUAACAGACUGUAACCAGUGUGUGUGUACCAGCACCAAGUGGGUAUGUGAAAACAAGGACUGUCCUGCCGUCUGCAGUGCCUAUGGUGAUUCCCACUAUCACACCUUCGAUGGCAAGACCUACGAAUUCCAGGGUAACUGUGACUACGUUCUUGCCAAAGCAACCCCGGAUAACCCCAACCAGUUCCAGAUCACCACGGAAAACAUCCCUUGUGGAACUAGCGGUGUCACAUGUACCAAAUCUAUCACUUUCGAAGUGGGAGUGCCAGGGAGCCUGAACUUCUUCAGGAUCCAGCUGAUACGAGGCAAACCUGUGUAUGUAGAGUCAACCUCUCCCUUCCACAAACAGGAGAUCGGCAACUUUGUAAUCAUCACUACGGACAGUGGUAUCACACUGACAUGGGACAAAGGCACACGAGUCUACCUCAAACUUUCUACUAUUCACAAGGGCAAGGUUGUUGGUCUGUGCGGAAACUUCAACGGAGACCAGUUGGAUGAUUUUACUAUGCCCCAGGGUGGACCCCCAGCAGUGAAGGUAACUACCUUUGCUGACAGCUGGAAGGUUCGCCAGGCCUGUGCUGCUCCAGGGGAGAUAACUGACACCUGUGAGGCUGCUCCACACCGCAAACCUUGGGCACAGCGAAAAUGCAGCAUACUGCAAUCACACGUCUUUAAACCCUGCCAUCAUCUCAUCCCUGUACAGGAAUACUUAGACAGGUGUAUCUUUGACACGUGCGCCUGUGACCUGGGAGGCGACUGUGAGUGUCUGUGUACUGCCAUCUCUGCCUACGCUCACCAGUGUGCUAUUAGUGGCCUACCUAUCAAAUGGAGAACAGAAGAACACUGUGCCAUCCAGUGUGAGGAUUGUGAAACUUACAACCCUUGCAUUUCCCUGUGCCCAAAACGUACCUGUGACAACCACUUGGUCUACGACACUGUCACAUCCGGCUGUCAGGAGCAGAGCUGUGUAGAAGGAUGUGAUAUAGCACCAUGUCCAUCUGGACAAGUGUACGACAGCUCAACUAAACCAAUGAAGUGUAUCCCAGAGCCCUUCUGUAACACAACUGUCUGCACUGUCAAUGGGAAGGAAUACCGUCAAAACGAACGCAUCACUGACGGCUCCGUCUGCCAGGCUGACUGCGAGAUAUGUUACUGUGACAACGGUAAGAUCAAGAGAAACGGCUACUGUAGUACAACACUCGGGCCAUCUACAGUACAUAGUGGCAACCCAACUCCUGGUCCAGUGCUUGGUCCCGAUGGCCGCCCUACGGCUGGUCCUAGCUCAGGUCAGGGCGGAAAACCAACUCGCCACCCACAGCCUGGUAGCCAUAACAACCCAACAGCUGGUCCCGGAUACACUAAACCACACCAAGAUGGAGGCUUCACAACCUUACCACCUGGUCCGACCGUUCUACCGCCUGUGUGUGUGGCAAAUGGCUGGACAAGCUGGAUGAGCAUUGCUGUGCCCACAGCAUUCAACCGAGGGGAUGUGGAAACAAUGGAAGGACUGAGAGAGAAGUAUACAUUCUGUGAUGAUAGCAUGAUCACAGAGAUCCAGUGUCGAGUCAUUGGUACAAACACAAUGGCUGGCCAGGCCGGACAACGCGCCACCUGUAAUCUGGCUAAAGGGCUGGUGUGUAACAAUGCAUACCAACGCAAUGGCGAAAUCUGCUAUGACUACGAAGUUCGAUAUAACUGUGAUUGUGCUCCAACAGCAGCCCCAGGGUUAGGACCCAAUGGUCAGCCGACAGCUGGACCAGAACUAGGACCCAAUGGUCAGCCAACAGCUGGUCCAGGAUUAGGACCAAUUGGUCAGCCUACAGCUGGUCCAGGAUUGGGACCCAAUGGUCAGCCCACAGCUGGACCAGGAUUGGGACCCAAUGGCAAACCCACUGCUGGACCAGGAUUAGGACCCAAUGGCCAGCCCACAGCUGGACCAGGAUUAGGACCCAAUGGCAAACCCACAGCUGCACCUGUUAUUGGUCCCGAUGGAAAGCCAGUCUUGCCAACCCCUAUGCCAGGUGUACCUUAUCCUCUCCAGCCAGCCUGUGAAUGGUCACUGUGGAUGAACAGCUACAUGAAAACCGCCUCAAGCAAAGGUGACUAUGAAACAAUGAGUAACCUCCGCUUGGCUUACUCUUUCUGUGAAUUCCCGUCAAAAAUAGAAUGUCGUGUCUCUGGCCAACAAACUCCAUUAAACCAGGCUGGUCAGAUGGGUGUAUCCUGUGACAUCAACCGUGGUUUGGUAUGUGAGGACAUCAACCAGAACACUGCAGCUUGCCUGGACUAUGAGGUGCGAGUCUAUUGUAAUGAUGCCUGUCAUCCAACAGCAAAACCAGGUCUAGGAACCAAUGGCCAGCCAACAGCUGGACCAGGUUUAGGACAAAAUGGUCAGCCUACAGCUGGACCAGGAUUAGGACCAAAUGGUCAACCUACAGCUGGACCAGAAUUAGGACCAAAUGGUCAGCCUACAGCUGGUCCAGGAUUAGGAACAGAUGGAAAACCCACAGCAGGACCAGGAUUAGGACCCGAUGGAAAACCCACAGCUGGACCAGGAUUAGGACCCGAUGGAAAACCCACAGCUGGACCAGGAUUAGGACAAAAUGGUCAGCCUACAGCAGGUCCAGGACUAGGACCCAAUGGUCAACCAACAGCUGGUCCGGGACUAGGACCCAAUGGUCAGCCCACAGCUGGUCCAGGAUUAGGAUUGAAUGGCCAGCCAACAGCUGGCCCAGGAUUAGGAUCCAAUGGUCGGCCCACAGCUGGUCCAGGAUUAGGACCUGAUGGAAAACCAACAGCUGGCCCAGGACUAGGACCCAAUGGAAAACCCACAGCUGGUCCAGGAUUAGGACCCAAUGGUCAGCCCACAGCUGGGCCCGGAUUAGGACCCAAUGGUCAGCCCACAGCUGGUCCAGGAUUAGGACCUGACGGGAAACCCACAGCAGGUCCAGGAUUAGGAACCAAUGGCCAGCCCACAGCUGGUCCAGGAUUAGGACCCAAUGGUCAGCCCACAGCUGGUCCAGGAUUAGGACCUAAUGGAAAACCCACAGCUGGUACAGGAUUAGGACCUGACGGGAACCCCACAGCAGGUCCAGGAUUGUGA